AUGCAUCUAGAAAAAACGACAUCAACCGAAGAAACACAAAUGGAUGGUAAAGAUCUCGUGUGUCCCAUAUGCAUGAGUAUUGCCGAUGAGCCUUAUAUAACAUCAUGUUGUCAUCGAAUAUUUUGUUCAAAAGAUGCUAAUUCAAGAAAAUAUGAUAAUGGUUGUCCAUUAUGUCGUGCAGAAAAUUAUUCAUUUCAACCAUCUACUAAACAUAAAGAAAUGCUUGAUAAACUUACAAUGAAAUGUAGUUGUUCAGAACGAAUGUUUGCAAAUGAAUACGACUAUCAUAUGGCACGAUGUUCAGAUGUAACAUUUACUUGUCCUCAUAAUACAUGUCGAGAUAAAAAUGAUAGUACAAAAUAUAACUCUCAACAACUUGUCAAUCAUCUUGCACGAGUACAUUGUGAUGAAGUACCAAUUCUUGGUCAAACAUAUAUAAAUAAAAAAACUCUUGAACCAUAUAAAAAAGCAUCAACUAAAUAUGAGGAACUUGUUUCAACAUUAUAUUCCGAAAUUUAUCCGAAAAUGAUUGAUAUACAAUUAAAAAAUUCAUCAAAUCUUCUAGAAACUUCACCAAUAUUUAAAUGCCCAUUAGGACAUAAAUUAAUUGAUGCUGAUCGUACAAAACGUAAACGUAAAGAUGGUACUGCUUAUUCUUCGCCAGGUUUUAAUUGUGAUAUAUGUCAUCGAUCAUUUCCUCAUGGUCAAUCAUGGCAUUGUUCAUGUAAACAAAGUGGUUUUGAUAAAUGUGUUGGUUGUGUUGUUUUUGAACUAUAUGAUAUUGAUAAUGAUACAUUACGAAUAGCAAGUGAAGAUAAUGAAGAACAACAACAUCGUUAUAGACGACAAACAAUACGAAAUACUGUACGUUUACCACGAGGAUUAUUUCGUUUAUUAACUAGAAGUAUGGAUGAAGAUGAUGAUGAUGACGAUACUGAUGAUAUAGUAUUAAGACAUAAUAGAACAUCACAAAGUACACAUGAAGGAACAGAUGAUGAUGAAAUUGAAGUUAAUCUUCGUGAAGAUUAA